GAUAGUGAAGAGGAAUGAGAAGCUCGUUAAGAUAAAGAAAGGAAAAUGUUAGGGGUACUUCAAAAGUGUACCCCAAACAUCCCCACCCUCUCCAUCACCACACAAAAAAAGCAUAUGACACCCAACAAUAUUUAGGAUCAGACAAGAGAACGAAUUAUUCAACCCGGUUGGAUCCACUGAUCUGAUCAGACAAGAGAACGAAUCUAACUGAGAAUCUCUCGUCGUUGCAGAUCCUCUAGGUCCAGUCUCAGGAUUAUCUUGGUUCUUGUUUGGGUGUUCGGAUAAAUGCUAAAAGUUCAAAACUUUUAUAUAGUAUAGUUCUGGAAAAUAUAAGUGGAAGCAGUUUCUCCUUGCACAUCACAGGUCUGAGACUUCUUGGAAUAGUUCAAUGACCCAUUCCGGCACUGGUGUCAUCCUAAACAACAAUUUCUCCGAAGGGCUGAAUUAUUGGCACCACAACUGCUGUGAAGCCUUUGUGGUUCCAGCAGGUGUGCAAAAUUAUGUUGUCGUUACAAACCGAAAGGAGAGCUGGCAAGGCUUGGAGCAAGAUAUUACAAACCGAGUUUCUAUAGGUUCCACCUAUACAUUUAAUGCUUCUGUUGGAGUCUCAGGAGCAAUUUCAGGGUUUGAUGAUGUCCAGGCCACACUGAAACUAGAGUAUGAGAAUUUAGCUACUAGCUAUGUAUUCAUUGGAAGAAAAUCUGUUUCUAAAGAUUGCUGGGAGGAAUUGGAAGGCACAUUUUCACUGUCUAGUAUGCCUGCUCGGGUUGUAUUUUAUUUGGAAGGACCUUUACCUGGGGUAGACCUACUCAUAAAAUCAGUUGUGAUUACCUGUUCUGCUUCCAAAGAUUGUGAAAGUUCCGGCAUGCAAUCUCUCUCUGCUCAAGAGGAGAUCAUACAGAACCCCAUAUUUGAAGGUGGUCUGAAUAACUGGUCAGGGAGAGGGUGCAAGAUUGUUCUGCACGAUUCUAUGGAGGAUGGGAACGUCCGUCCAGUGUAUGGGAAUUUUUUUGCACGUGCAACAGAACGGUCACAGAGUUGGCAUGGAAUUCAGCAAGAGAUUACAGGGAGAGUACUUCGAAAGCGUGCCUAUGAGGUUCAUGCUACAGUUCGCAUUUAUGGUAGCAAUGUCACGGGUGCAACUGUUCAGGCUACAAUGUGGGUCCAGGCGGCUGAUCUUCGUGAAGAAUACAUAGCCAUUGCCACAUCAAAAUGAGGGGAUACUACCUGCACAAAAUGAUGUUGGUGCUGAAGAGGAGGAUGAAGAGAUGGUAUAUGUUCCGUCACAGCGUUCAAAUUUUGGUGACUUCAUAGUAUCCUAUAUAUAAUAAUUACGUAGUACUAUUACGAGCUCUAUUUGCACUUAUUGUU